GUCGAGUGGUGCGUGUGGUAUUCCUGGUGGAGCUUCAGAUGCUGCCUGCAUGCAGUAUGUAACCAGCAGUAUAGGCUAUACAGCACAGGACUCUAUUAAGCCUACAGUAUAUACAUGCCUAGGUACUCAGGUUCCUAGGUAUGUCUGCCGAAUGGUCCUGACAAGCGUCUGACGUAACGAGCUCCCCGCACCUCUCGUGAUGCGUCUCGUCCUGCCCUCAAUUCAUGUCAGCCCAUUCAUUCCACGGCAACACCAUAUCCCCAACCCGUUCAACACUCACACUUGCAUCAACCAUCUCCCAGACCACUCUCUUCCUCUCCAAACACCACCUAGGUCGCCAUGUCCACCCCCGCCGCCAAGCGCCAAAGGUCCUCCAAGGACGUCCCCUACCACCUCGUCUACUGGCCCGGAAUCCCCGGCCGAGGCGAGCACGUGCGCCUCGCCCUCGAGGAAGCUGGAGCCUCAUACACAGACACCGCACACAUCAAGGACGGCGUCAACGAGGUGCUGGCCCAGAUCGAUUCCAGCAACACAGGAGACGACACCAGCCCUCCCCCCCUGGCACCACCUAUCCUGAAGCAUGGUGACCUCACCAUCAGCCAGACCCCCAACAUCCUGCUCUACCUUGGUCCAAAGCUGGGCCUUGCCCCCAAGCCUGGCGACGAUGACGAGGACGGCUUGUUCAUCGUCAACGAGCUCGCCCUCACUGCGUUAGAUGGCCUCAGCAACGAGCCGCAUGACUGCCACCACCCCAUCGCCACCGGCCUUUACUACGAAGAUCAGAAGGAAGAGUCCCUGAGGAAGACCAAGGAUUUCGUCGCUAACCGCCUUCCCAAGUUCAUCGGCUACUUCGAGCGUGUACUUAAGGGCAAGGCGAGCGGAGAUGGCCCAUGGCUGUACGGUGGAAAGCUGACCUAUGCCGACCUAGUGCUGUUCCAUUGCCUGGACGGCCUCAAGUUCAUGUUUCCCAAGGCCGUCAAGAAACUGGCAGAUUCUGGCGACUACAAAGACGUCUUCGCUCUGUACGACGCUGUAAAAGAGCGGCCUAACAUCAAGGAAUACAUGGCAAGUGACAGGCGUCAAAAGUACAGCCAGGGGAUCUACAGGUACUACGAGGAGUUGGACGUCACAGAGUGAAGUCGGGUAACUCCAGGCCAGACAGGCCAAACCCUCAACCGCUAAAUAAACACCCUGUAAAUUCCACCCGACCAAGGCUCUUUGGUGGGGUUUAAAAGGGGCGAAACCAGAGAAAAGUUAGCACAUUAUUCACGUACUUGUGUUUUGCCCCUUUCGGCAUUCCUUGUUGCAUGUGGUGGGAAGUUGCUUCUCGUGGCCUUCCAAGGUUGCUCUAUCCAGCUCGUCGUACCUUCAGGCUCGGGAUAGAAAUGCCGUGCUUAACAUUCGGGGAGCUCAUGGUAAGUCUGCGACAGGAGCAAGCGUGUUUAUGUAUAGAUAUACUCAAUUAACUUCAAAUGUUCUGUCUG